GUUUUUCAUAAUUAAGCAGACUACGAAUCACUCCAGUCGUAAACCGAAAAUGUCACUUCUCCUAUUUCGCAUCGCCAUAUUGGUACGUUAGUACUGUAGAAAUUCCUAAAAGAUCUGGAAAAUAGCGAUAAAACGAGUGAGAAAGUAAUAUUUUUGUGAUUCACCAAGUGCAAUUUUUACAAUAGGCAAUACAUUUUUGUGCUAGUAACGGGAACAAGUGAAUUUGGUUGUUUGUUUUGAACAGUUAACGAACAAAACUAAAAAUGGCGUGUGCAACGUUGAAGAGAUCGUUAGACUGGGAGCCUGCUCUGGGAGGAAGGCCAGCUAAAAGGCGAAGAUGUAUUCCUUUUUGCGGAAGUCCUUCGCAAAGAGACAGAGCAUCCACCAGCAGCAGCAGCAGCUCUCAUAGUCCCAUGGGCCCGUCAUCCCCUAAGUCAACUUCAGUGUUCCCCGACGUAAUUAGCAAAAAACUUACUCCCGAAUAUGUGGCAGAAAACAUUAGAGCCGAGUUAAAAAGAAGACAAAGACGCAAACAGUUGCAAUAUAGCAUGAUGGAAAACUCAGAUGGUAGCAGCUCAGGUGGCGAAACCGCAGAAACGCCCACAAGAUCUGACAGAGCCUUAUUUACCUUCAAACAAGUUGGUAUGAUUUGUGACCGUAUGCUACGAGAGAGGGAAUCGGAAAUCAGAGAGGAAUAUGACAAUGUGUUGACAGCCAAGCUUGCUGAACAAUAUGAUGCCUUUGUUAAAUUUACCUAUGAUCAAAUCCAGAAAAACUACAGUGCAGCCGCACCAAGCUAUCUAUCGUAAAAGUCGAAUAACCGUAAAGCAACAAAUUCUGCUUAGACACUAGCCACAAACAAAUGUCGUUAUACUAUCGUUUUUACACUAA